AUGGAUCAACCAUUUGAUAUGUCUAUACAUCAUGGAGGGGUAUUCAUUACACAUAGUGAUACACAUGUUGAAUAUGCUAGAGGGACUGAAUCAAGGGUCUCAGAUGUAGAUCCUGACACUUUUGCUGUUUUUGAUAUGCCUAAGUAUGCCAAAGACCUUGGUAUUAUGAAUAUAGCAAAAAAAUUUUACCGAAUUCCUCAUAUGGAACUUCAUAAUGGCCUGUUUCCAUUGAAAAAAGAUGAUGAUGUUAGGGCUUUACGUGAUUGGUUAGAAUUUGCACCCGAAAGGUUAGUACACAUAUAUGUGGAGCAUGUUGAACAAGCUGUUAAUGAAAAAGUUGAUGAGGAUCAAGGUAAUGAAGGUGAUGAUGAGCAUGAGUUUCAUGAAGAAGUUGAUGAAGGAGUUGGAGUAGAUGACAAUUUUUUUGACGAGGACUAUGCUGAUUUGGUAGGUGACAGUGAAUUUGAUAAAUAUGAAAGACCAUCUUCCCCCAUUGACCCAUCCACUUACAUUGCUCCAUCCAUUCACAUUGUCCAAACCACUGCCUAUGACCAAUCAAACGUAAACCCUUAUAAGCAGAACACAUCAAAUUGGGUACCCACUUGCUUUAGUGAUGAGGAGCAUAAUAUAAAAAGUGAGGAAAGUGAUUAUGGGCACUCUGAUGUUUUGUGCACACCUAUCAACUUUGAGGAUGAUGAAGAGCACCCCAAGUACAUUGAAUUUAGAGCUGAGGUGGAUAUGCCUAACCCCGUUUUUGAGAAAGGGAUGUUGUUUAGUGACCACAAGGAGUUUAAGAGGGCUGUGCAGUCUUAUAGAAUUAAGCACGGAUAUCCAAUGUUAAUUGUUAAGAAUGAGUCUUGCAAGGUGAGUUACAAAUGUGAGAAUUGUGAGUGGUAUAUUUAUGCUUCAUGGGACCGUGAAGAAAACUCUUUACUUGUGAAAACCUAUCGGGAAAAGCAUACAUGUUCUAGGGCUUUUCAUAGUAGGAUGGUUUUUGCAAGGUGGAUUGCAGUUGCAUGGCUAGAGGUGUUUAGAGGGAGACCCAACAUCAAAAGUGCUGAGAUAAAGGAAGGUAUAAAAAAUCAAUUUCAAGUAGACAUUUCCCUAGACAAAGCCUUUAGGGCUAGGCAGAUUGCAUUGGAAAUGCUUAAAGGAAGGUUUGUCUAUCAGUUUGAAAGAGCUAGAGAUUAUUGUGAAGAGUUGAGAGUUUCUAAUCCGGGCACUACAGCCAAAAUUAAUCUACACACACCCACACUGCACUUCAAGAGAAUGUAUGUGUGCCUAGCUGCUUGUAGAACCGGAUUUUUGGAGGAAUGUAGGCCAAUUAUUAGUCUUGACGCUUGUCAUUUAAAAGGGUUUUUGAAGGGGCAACUAUUGGCAGCCGUUGGGAUUGAUGAGAAUGACGGGAUGUAUCCAAUAGCCUUUGCUGUUUGUGAGGGUGAGACCAAGGCCAGUUGGUCAUGGUUUCUGGAGUUGUUGUUAGCUGAUAUUGGUCCUGUGAGAGAACGAGGCUGGACCUUUACUUCUGACCAACAGAAGGGCUUACUUCCUGCUCUUGCAAUAGUUGCUCCUGAAGCACAUACUGUGUUAGGCAUUUAUAUGCCAACUUCAAGAAGGAUCACAAGGGUAAACUAUUGA